AUGGCACGCUUCAAAGCCAAUUCCAACCAGUUUCAGCAUGAUGAAGGGCUUCACUUCAAUAUGAUGCCCAUAAACCACUCGCAUCGAAACUACGCUCAUAUAUCAAUUCAAUCAGACAUGAACAACGCUGCAUAUGAAGAUACUGCCUUCAUACCCAGAAACUUACCGUCUCGCACUACGCUAAAAUCACAAAAGAGUUCAAAUGACGUGCAAUCUUUUAUUUCGUAUCCAGACCAAUAUGAUGCCAACGAACAUAUUUCAGAGCCUUUAGUUAGCUCUAAUCCUCAAAGGCAGCACUACUGCUUCUCGAGAUACAUUCCACGAACGCUGCUGAACAUAUUUGGCCCUAUGUUCAUUCUGACAUUCUAUCUGUUCAUCGUCGGAUUCUACCUCAAUAAACCAUCUGUCAAUGGUAUCAUGUCGAAUCGGCCCAUAGAUUCACAAAUCGUCUUCUAUGCGUGGUGGCUUAUCAAUAUUUUUAUCCUCGACUGGGCAAAGUCGGGAAUCGCCGGUUACGAAGCCGCCGCUCUUAUGAACCCUUCCAUAGCUCCUAGGAAUGCUCGACAGCUCAUGUGGCAUACCGACAGGGCUUGGGGCUCAUUGACUGGCUGGGCAAAGGCCGUAAUCGCAACAAGCCGCUAUCUCUUCCAUAAGGCUACGCAAGGGAAACCAGCCGACUGGAGUGGCCCAUCUGCUCUAUGGUUCCACUUGGCACUCAGCAGCCUGCUUCUUUAUAUCGCCAUCCCUUUGUCAGGUCUCUCGCUAGAGCAAGAAAGCGCAUUGAGGAAUGGGAGCAGACGCGUCGAGAUAACGGGAGUCAACCAGACUACAUUCGAUCUCAGAUCAGCAAACGCAUUAGCAGAGCAAAUUGCCGGAAGCUGGCGACGAGGCUGGACUACGACACCCGAUGGCGCUUCAAUUCUGUAUGCCCCUGAUGGUACUCCAGAAGUGAGCGAUACCUAUUUUGAGGAUAGCAUUCAAGGUGUUUAUCAGGCAUUGCUCCAAAAUACAUCCAACCCAGUGAAUGAAAGCAUCACCAUUUUUUCUGGCCCACAGGCAAGCGAGCGUGCCUAUGGUCGAGCCUGGGGCUUCCUAGCCACAAUCUCUUGUACUCCGGUACAUCCAUAUAGUGGCUUAAAGUUGCUAAACAUGACAUCUAUAGACCAAUGGUCAUAUAGGAGCGUUAAAGGAGGCAAGCUUCUCUCAAACACGAGCCGCACAGACGGAAUGGUCGCUUUGGCAACUGGCUCUAGUCAAACACUGGGAGUGAACUACAAGUAUAUCUUAGCAACCAACGACGACAUUCAAGGGAUACGUUUAGAUUAUUCAGAUUGGAUCGCCAAUUCGUCUAGCACCAACAAGCCUCCAUAUUCACGUGUUGCGGAGGUUGUGAUAUGGCAAGCGUAUGACACCAGCCAGGGGGACUUUAAGCACGGAAACUUCCCUGAUCAGACAUUCAAAGAUCUCGCUACUCACCCGAUGGUAGUGAACGCGACCGCAUCUGACAACCUGACUUAUGCUGGCUUUGCCGUAAGCUGCUCGACACUGUCAGAAGUCGGCCACGCUGCCCUCUCGGCCACGACCAACACCUUUUCCGACUUUGUCUCCCAGCCGUCCACUCCUGAGAGAGGCAUAAGGGUGCCGGGUCUCAUCGUGGCAUCUCCUGGUGUCACAACAAUGACAUCGCUCGCCUUUGCUGCGAUGGGCAAUAUUAAUAUGGGUUAUCUGCAAAAUUCGAGCUGUGAUGAGAUUUUCUCGACCGUUUGCAGCCCUUGGGCCGCUGCCAACGCAGCCACCCGUGGUGUUCCCAUCCUAAGCGAAACUACCAAGAAUUUUCAACUGCCUACCAUUUCGCCAGAAAGAAUGACCCUGGCCAUGUACAAGCUUCUUGGACAAGUCGCUAUUACAGUCAUGGGCAUCGGGCCUGGAAACUGGACGUGCUGUGACUCAGGAGCCAACACAUCGCCAGAAUUAGGUAUCUUUGGGCUCGAGCCAGCCAAUGACCUGGUGCCAGGUAUCGUGCCGUACCAGGCCGUGUUGGUUUUCCUGAGUCUCUGGGUCGUCGUCACCGUCUUGCCCCAGCUAUACCCUCCGUUCUUCCGCCGGCGCUGGAGCGAGAUUCUGGACGGCUUCGCCAUGUUCCGGUUGGGUGCAGAGUGGAGGGACGCUGUUCACGAACUGGAUGGAAUUGACCUUGUUUCUCCUAACGCUGCACGCGUGCUGGAUCAGGUACCUGGAAUGAUUGGAGAUAUGAACCCAAGUGGCAAGGGAGUUGUAGGGUUCGUGGGGUUAAGUCGGCGGAAGUUGUCUACAUCACAAAACAAGGCUUAUACUUAUAAUUGA